AUGAAUGAUGAUUGUAGUCACACUACAUCUUCGAAUGGAGACUCAAAAUCGUCUGAUAGCUUGAAUGUGAAAUUACUCUCAUGUGAGAGAGUGGAAAAUAUGCCAUCAACCGCAAGAGAAAAUCAUAUCCAGACUUCAAUGGAUGAAGCCCAAAGUGCUGAUUGUGCAGAAAGUCGGACCCUAAUUACAGAUGAUCAGCAACGGUCUCCGACGACAGUAUUACGCGUGGCAAAGUUAAAGAGCCGCCCAAAUCAAUACUGUCGAAAGAGACUUGAAGUUGCAGCAGCGAGAGAGGGAAAGGGAAGCUGCCAGAAUCGCAUUACAGGAGAUGGAAAAACUGUUGAGAUUGAUGAUUUUUUUACGGUCUUAAAAGAUUUUGAGCAGUUAAUUGCUCAUUCGCUGCCCAAUCACAUGAGUGGUCUGGGCUGGUUUUAG